AUGUCACUCACAGACAACCGCGCCCUGCGCAUCCUCGACCAUGCCGCCGACAACCACUACGGCGUACCCGCCAUCUAUGAUCCUCCUCUUCCCUGGGCCGUCCACUACGCCGACGGAAUCCUAGUCCAUGCCGCCGCGGAAGCCGCGCGCAACGCCUCGGUGCCCAUCACCGUACACAUGGAUCACGCACAAACACCCGAGAUAAUCCGCCGGGCUGCGGACUUGGGUGGCUUCGACAGCAUCAUGAUUGAUAUGUCGCACUACGAAAAGGCCGAGAACCUAGCCUUGACGCGCGAGUUGGUGGAGUACUGCCACGCACGGGGUAUCGCCACGGAAGCGGAGCCCGGGCGCAUCGAGGGGCUGUUGACAACGCCUGAAGAAAGUCAAGAGUUUGUCGAUACCGGGAUUGACUGGUUAGCGCCUGCCUUUGGAAAUGUGCAUGGCGAAUAUGGUCCGCGCGGCAUUCAGCUCGAGUACGAGCGGUUGCAGUCGAUUAAUGAGGCUGUUGGAGGGAAGGUGAGACUUGUGCUACAUGGUGCGGAUCCCUUUACGAAGGAGAUUUUCCAAAAGUGCAUUGAUUGUGGCGUGUCGAAGAUCAAUAUCAACAAGGUGUUGAAUAAUGAGUAUAUCAAGGUUCAGCAGGAGAAGGCGGGUAAGGUUCCACUUACUACUUUGUUGGAGGAAGCUACAAAUGCUAUGCAGAAGGCGGUGGAGGGGUGUAUGGAUCGGUUGAGCUCUACUGGAAGAUACCCUUGA